AUUUCAUGGAUGCCUUAAAAGAGGGUGAUGGUGAAAGGAUAAUAAGAUGCAUCAAGAUGUUCCUGUUAUAUUUCAAGAAAGAUGGCAUUGGCAGCAUCAAGUAUGUUUUGGAGGCUUAUAUGUUUCAAAUGUAUACCUUGGUCAUUCCUAGAGAAGCAGAAAGGAUCAAAUGGAGCAGAACAGUUAACAAUCAUGGCCAGCCAGGAUGUAAUGUUGCCAUGGAUCUAACUUUGGAACAUGACAAUCAUUUGAUCAAAGAUAUGAUUAGAGGUCUGGGGGCUAAUAUCAGUGAAAGUAGUAUUUGUAGAAUUUGUAGGGCAUUUUUCCUCAUCAAAGCAUUUUUGGAACAUCUGGACCUAGGUUGAAAGUGAAGAAGAUGUCAGGUGAACUUCCCAAGAAAUCUGUCAGGCAGGAUUUCAAGAAAGUCGUUCAAACACUUCAUGAACAGAAUUUAUUUGAUUCACAGCCAACCUGGGAAGCAAUGGUUCCCUUCCAGACUGUCCAAGAAUCUACCUCCAUUUGCCAGAUUCAAAGGGACUUUUCUCUUAGAGAUAUGAGCAUGAGAAAAAUGUCAGACUUGGCAAAAGGCCAUG